UGUCAUCCGCAAGAAAUAGCCAGAGCAUGACCUUGGCAAAGCCUUUGCAUCGCUUUCAGCUUCAUCGACUGUGGAGGCGUUGCCACAGUACUGCCUUGCAGCCCGAGCUGGCCAGCGCAGCUUUCCAGCAUGAUGCGAGCAAUUUACCCAGCUACAAGGUUCGAGUCUUCAGGGCCUCCAAAGAUUUGAACAUCGUGGCUCUGUCCACAUGGCGGCAUUGUGUUUUUGGCACCGCAGUUGGUAUGCUGGGAAGUUUGGCCCUGGCCACUUCCCAAAGCUCCUACAUUUGGGCUUUGCCAGGUCUGGCAGGUCCGGCAUUUCUCUGCUGGUUGCCUUCACGUUUGAGGCAACUGUCAACACCAUUCGUGGAAGAAAUGUUUCUUCGUGUCCCUGUGGGUGGAGCUGCAGAGGAGGAAAGCGCCAACAUGGCCAGUGGUCCAGUGGAAGGACCUGCUGCAGAUCCACCUGCUGCGGCCGUUGCGGCCAGCUGCGAGUUGCUGAAGCAAAUUCACAGCCUGGAGCUGGAACUAAUCAGCCCGACCAUCAUCCGGCACCUCGUAUUGGAGGAGCCUCUAAAGACCAAGCCCCUGUUGCGCAAAGCGGGGCUCCGCAGCGAUCCCCGCUGCACUUUGGGCGAGCUGUGUGCUCGGCCCAGCAGCGAAGGUGGACAUUCAAAAGGAGGAAGGCGUGGUCCUUUGCACAUCGACCCAGAAGAGGGCACUUCCUGUGAUGCCGCAUUGCUGGCUGCCUUGUUGCUGAGCCCAAAGGUUAUGGCUUUGGAGGAGCUGCUAGCACGAGAGGAGGCCUCAUGGCCGUUGAGAUUGUCGGUAGAGGACCUGUCACUGCAGCGCCUGCCCUCACAGUUGGCGGAGCUCGAAUCGCUGAACGAAGCGCCAGAGCAGGCCAUGGUGAGGCUUGGUCGCGUCGCCUUGCUUCUGGGCAUCGGCUUGGCUACCAUACAGGGCUUCGCAGCGAUAAAGCUGGUGGAAGGUGAUGAUGAUCCUGAGAUGCUGGUUGCUGGCACAAGAUAUCGCUGAAAAAA